AACAAUUACAUUAUUGUAUUUUCAACUAUCGAAAAAUCGAUAUGAGGAAAAAAUCUGUAUUUCGUAGUGAAGAAAUGGCAUUAUGCCAGUUAUUUUUACAAAGUGAUACAGCUUAUUCUUGCGUUGCAGCAUUAGGCGAAAUAGGCCUCGUUCAAUUUCGAGAUUUAAACUCCGAGAUCAAUGCAUUUCAACGAAAGUUUGUGGAUGAAAUUCGCCGCUGUGAAGAAAUGGAGCGCAAACUAAAUUACUUGGAAAAAGAAAUAAAAAAGGAUUCAAUCCCAAUAUAUGAUAAGGAUGAAAACCCUAAAGCACCUCUUCCAAGACAAAUGGUUGAUCUUGAAGCCACUUUUGAAAAAUUGGAAAAUGAAUUACGGGAAGUUAAUAAGAAUGCAGAAGCUUUAGAACGCAGUUUUCUUGAAUUAACAGAAAUAAAACAUAUUUUGCAUAAAACUCAAAUAUUUUUUGAUGAGGCUGAAGGAUUUAAACCAAGACAGAAAAUUGCAAAACGAGACAAGCAAACAUUGACCUCACGUGGCGACGAAAAUGUAACGUUAUUGGGUGACGAAGCCUUUAAGACUGAAGGACAAGCAAUUAAAUUAGGGUUCGUUGCUGGAGUUGUAUUACGAGAGCGUCUAUCAGGUUUUGAACGAAUGCUAUGGCGUGUAUGUCAUGGUAAUGUUUUAUUAAGGCAAGCUGAAAUUGUUAAUCCUCUUCAAGAUCCUUCUUCUGGUGACAAAGUUUUCAAGAAUGUGUUUAUUCUGUUCUUCCAAGGAGAUCGGUUAAAGUCUCGCGUUAAAAAAAUAUGCGAAGGUUUUCACGCCACUUUAUAUCCAUGCCCCGAGUCGCCAACUGAUCGCCGAGAAAUGGCUAUGGGUGUCAUAACACGUAUAGAAGACCUGAAUACAGUAAUGAAACAAACUCAAAACCAUCGUCAUCGUGUACUAGUUGCUGUUGCUAAAAAUAUCAAAAAUUGGUCUAUCAAAGUUCGCAAAAUAAAGGCAAUUUAUCAUACAUUGAAUUUCUUUAAUUUAGAUGUUACUCAAAAAUGUUUAAUAGGCGAAUGUUGGGUUCCAGUGGGAGAUUUAGAAGAAAUCCAAUCGACUUUAAAACAAACCACUGAUCAAAGUGGAAGUAAUGUACCGGGGAUAUUGAAUCAAAUUGAGACACAGGAAAAACCGCCGACAUACAAUCCGACAAAUAAAUUUACACACGGUUUCCAAGUUUUAAUUGAUUCAUACGGUGUAGCUUUAUAUCGAGAAAUAAAUCCAAAUCCUUAUACAAUUAUAACUUUUCCAUUUCUAUUUGGUGUUAUGUUUGGUGAUAUUGGUCAUGGUUUAAUUAUGGUCUUGUUUGCUAGUUGGAUGGUUAUAUAUGAAAAAAAAAUUGCUAAAAGGAAAUCACUUGGCGAGAUAGCUAAAAUAUUUUUUGGUGGACGUUACGUGAUAUUACUAAUGGGAUUAUUCAGUUGCCAUGCUGGCCUUAUUUACAACGAUAUAUUUUCCAAAUCGAUAAACAUAUUUGGAUCCUAUUGGAAACCUAAUUAUACUGCAUCGGAAAUAUCGACUUUACUUCGUAACAACAAAGAAAUACAAUUAAAUCCAAGCACGGCUUAUUUUUGGCAAUAUCCUUAUCCAUUUGGAAUAGAUCCAAUUUGGCAAGUGUCAAGAAAUAAAAUUUAUGUUCACAAUUCAUUCAAAAUGAAACUUUCAAUUAUUUUUGGAGUUGCUCAUAUGUUAUUUGGCUUAUCGUUAAGUUUUAUAAAUUUCAGAUUUUUUAAGAAGAAAAUCAACAUUAUUUUUGAAUUUAUUCCCCAAAUUCUAUUUUUCUGUGUUUUGUUUCUCUAUAUGGUUGUAUUAAUGUUUAUUAAAUGGAUUAAAUAUAAAGCAACCGACGAUGCGAACGAAGUUGCAGUUAGCCCUCGAUGUGCUCCGUAUAUUUUAAUAACAUUCAUUAAUAUGAUGUUGUUCAAAGAUGAUGGCAGAGUAAAAGCAGUGGAAUGCACCGAAUCCUUUUAUAAAGGCCAAUACUCAAUACAAAUUGUAUUUAUCGCUAUAUCUGUUUGCUGUAUUCCGAUUUUGUUAUUGGGCAUACCGAUUUAUAAAACUAUACAACUAAGAAAAUUAAAAAAACUAAAAGCUAAACAACUAAAUGAUAAUGAUAUUAAUAAUGUAGAAAAUGCAGUUAAUGGACAUGAAGAUGGCGUUGAGGACGAAGAAAAAAAUUACGAUCCUGAACAUCUUCCUAUAGGAGAAUUAUUUAUUCAUCAAACUAUCCAUACAAUUGAGUUCAUUCUUGGAACAAUAUCUCAUACAGCUUCGUAUCUUCGUCUAUGGGCCUUGUCAUUAGCUCAUGCUCAAUUAUCUGAAGUGCUAUGGACUAUGGUAAUAUCAAAAACAAUACGCACAAUGGGAUAUGCAUUCUUUUUUAUUUUUGGAGCAUGGGCAUUGUUGACAAUUUCUAUAUUAGUUGUGAUGGAAGGUUUAUCUGCUUUUUUACAUACUUUACGUUUGCACUGGGUUGAAUUCCAGAGCAAAUUUUACAUCGGUGGAGGAGUUCUUUUUCGUCCACUGGAUUUUAAGAAACUUAUUGAAGAAUCUUCAGACUCGGAUGUAAAGCGAAAGGAACCUAAAAAAGUACUUGAUAAAUAA